AUGAACUCGAUUAAAGAUCUAAGUGAAAACACUUGGAAGCCGCAACAUAUACAGAAUCUUCUCAAUGAAACUGUCAACUCAUUAGAUGUGUCUGAUGCUUCAAAUGCUUUGUCAAAUGGGUCGUGCUCGGGACCUUCUGCGGUGAACAAUUUUCUUGCAUUUUUACAAAUCAUUUCUUCACUCAAGUUCCAGCAACGUACUGGAUGGACAGAUCGUGGCAUUCCACAGCUCGAGGCAGAAAGUAUUUCUGACCACAUGUAUCGAAUGUCAAUCAUAGCUAUGAUUGUCCCUCCAACCACAGUGAAUAAGGAUAAAUGUGUUAAAAUUGCUAUAGUGCACGAUCUUGCCGAAUGCUUAGUUGGCGAUAUUACACCAUUUGCAGGAAUAUCAAAACAAGAAAAGCACCGGAGAGAAUUGGAGACUAUCGAAUACUUGUACGAAGUUAUUAAACCAUUUAAUCCGGCGUUUGCCUUGGAAAUGCGCGAGUUGUGGUUUGAUUACGAGGAAAUCAGAACCCCUGAGGCAAGAUAUGUCAAAGAUAUCGAUAAAUUUGAAAUGAUCCAAACAGCAUGGGAGUAUGAAAUGAGGUAUGGAUUAAAAUAUGAUUUGGACGAGUUUUACUCGGCAAGAGCGGCAAUUAAGACAAAAGAAGUCGGAGAGUUGUGCGAUGCUGUGAUCAAGAAACGCGAACUCUUGAUGAAGCAAUUAAGAGAACAAGGAACACAGAACAUUGAUUAA